AUGAUGAAUGAUCGGGAAAGUUUUUACACUGCCAUAGGGCCAAUAAUCAAAGUUGCUCAAUACUUUGGAAUUCUUCCAAUAAGUGGAGUAAUAAAACAAUCACCAAGUAUGAUGGAAUUUAAGAUUAAAUCAUUUCGUACAUACUGGACUGUAUCUAUUAUUGUUGCUCUUGCCAUCAUUUUUAUAACAGUUAUUGUUAAAAUAAUAAAAACUUUAACAAUUGGAAACUCAAAUAUUAGAGAAGUAAUAACAACUGGACUCACUGAGAGAUAUGUAUGGUUAAACAAAAGGGUCAAAUAUUUAUCUAGACGAAAAUACCAAGCCAUUCCUUGGAAUCAGCUAAGAAAAAACUAUGCGAUUCUCAGUGAUCUCGUCAAACAAACAAAUAAUGAUUUAUCUGCCUUAAUAUUUUUAUCGUAUACGACGAAUUUUUACUUUAUCUGUGUAAGACUGUUCAAUGAGAUUGGAAUUAAUACGACUGGACAAUUUGCUAAUAUUUAUAUUUUUGUGUCAUAUUGUUACGUCAUUGGUAGAACAAUCGCUGUUACACUUUCAGCAUCGAGAAUCAACAUUGCAAGUAAAGAGGCUUUACCACAUAUUUACUUGUGUCAAUCGUCAAAAUUCACUGAUGAGGCAAAUCGACUUCAAAAUCAAUUAGCAUAUGAUGACAUUGGCUUCACAGGAAUGAAUUUUUUCUCAAUAACUCGAAAUUUUAUGCUUGUUACUGCUGGUACUAUUGUUACAUACGAACUUAUCAUGGUGCAAUUCCAUGACCAAGCCAACAAGUAA